AUGGAGCGCUACAGCGUGUUGGGCGACAAUUUACUGUUAAAUGAGCUAACGUGGCCGGAGAUUGAAGCGAUAUAUUUUGUUGAAUCAGAGCCUGUCCCCAGACGCAACAUUGGGCAGCACGGAUUUGUAGAUGUUCCGAACAUGGACGAGUGGACGUUCAAAAGGAGCUUUAGAUUUGAAAAAAUGGAUUUAGAAGAUCUGGUGGCAGCUCUAAAAAUUCCAGCCGAGGUGAAAAGCGCCCAGCGAGUGAGGGUUCCGGGGUACGAGGCGCUGUGCAUGACCCUGCGAAGGCUGGCGUACCCCAAUCGCCUUUGCGAUUUAGAAAGAACGUUCGGUCGGCACAGCUCGGUCAUUUCGAGCGUAGUAAGCACUGUCAUGGCGCAUAUAGAAUACCAGUUUGGACAUCUGCUAUCAGACCUGACGAACCACAAGUGGCUUGACGUGCCCUGCCUCAAGAAGCUCUCCGAGGCGGUGCAUGCGAGAGGUGCGCCGUUAAAGAACUGCUGGGGCUUCAUCGACGGCACUGCCCGACAUAUCUGCCGGCCGUCGGUGGGGCAACAGGAGCAUUUCUCCGGACACAAGCGGCACCACAUGCAGAACUAUCAAGCACUGAUGUCUGCCAACGGCAUCAUCUGCCAAUUAGAUGGCCCUUUUAAUGGGCGACGACAUGACGCAGGUAUCCUCAAAGACACCGCCCUUUAUGACAACUUGCAAGCCAUCAACCACGGUGAAAGAUACGUCAUCUACGGGGACCCAGCGUACCCACUGCGGCCUCUCCUUCUCAAGCCAUUUGGAGGCUCCCGCCUGCUGCCGCACGAAGCUCUCUUUAACAAGAGGAUGAGUACAGUCCGCCAGGCGGUCGAGUGGGGGUUUGGGAAGGUGGCCGCAGAUUUUGCUUUUGUGGAUUUCCACAAGAACCACAAAAUGUCGCGUCAAAGACUUGGGCGCAUGUAUAAGGUUGCCACCCUACUGUCAAAUUGUCACACAUGCCUAUACGGCAGUCAAGUGUCUAAUUUCUUUGAGGUCGAGGCACCCGCCCUUGAUGUUUACCUUGUGCCCCUUUCCCUUGAUUCGUAA